AUGGGAAAGAUGUCCGGAAGUCAUUGUCUGGUAAUGGGUUGCCGUAACAGGCAAUUGCUGAAUCAGACCAACACCAGAUCGUAUUUUCGAUUUCCUCGAGAUCCUGAUAUGUGCAAGCAGUGGGUCGAAUUCUGCAACCGGCCCGAGCUGUGGAAGAAAUAUGCCGAAAAUGGCCCCGAGUACCUGUACAAGAGUUCUCGAAUCUGCUCCGAUCACUUUCAGCCGAGCGAUUUCAACAAUCCAAAUCUUUUCAGUCAAGGGCUGAAAAAAGGUUCAGUGCCGACACAGUAUCCAGCCAGUAAAGAACCAAAGAAUCGCUACAGUAUUAGCGGAAUAGGACUGGGGCUGGCUGUUGGUGGUGGUGGUGGUAGUAUCGGUGGCAAUAAUUCGCCACCCAACCACCACAACAACAACAACGACAGCGAGUCACCACUCGUCAUGCCAAUGUCAACGAAGCGACCGCUGUCGUCGCCGCCUUCAGCACAGCAGCCGGUUGCCAAGCAGCGAAGAUCACUCCCCGCCGCCCUCAACCUUAGUACCAGCACCAGCAACAACCAUGCUGCCGUGAGCGGCGCGCUAGCCGGACUGAUUCAACGCCAGCAGCUGAAAGAGCAACAGCGGAAAGCGUUUGCUGCAGCCCUACAGCUCCAACAUCGACAGCAGGUACCGAACCAGCAGCAGACACGAUCGCUGCUGGCCUCGCUGAAGCAAAAACCCAACUCAAACAACAACAACAAUAACAACAACAACAACCACAUCAGCAGCAACAACAAUAAUAACAAUACCAGCAGCGGCAAACUAGCAGCUGCUGCCGCACAGGAAAAGCUCGAGGAUGAACGGGGGUACGGAAUCAACUACGUGGACAUGGACGGAGGAGAUUCCUCCGAGUACGAGUCGGGCCUGCAGAGUGCGGUGGAAAAGGAACUGGCCGCCUACAAGCAGCUGCAGCAGAUGAAGGCCGUCAAGGCGGCGGCCGCGGUUAUUCCCGCAUCGCUGAAAGCCGAACUUACCGUGACACCGGCGGUCAACCACAGCCACAGCAACGGUCACCACUCGGCGGCGGCGGCGCUGAACGGGGCGAUCAACUACAAGGAAAAGUACGAGCAAACGCUGAAGGAACUGUUCGCCUGCCGUAAGAUCGUCAAGAACCAGAACAACGCCAUCAAGCAGCUGCAGGGUGAGAUAGAUUUCCUCAACCAACUGCUGAAGGAGAAAUGAUGCCCUUUACUAGGCGGGGCCAGUAGCAAUAGGGGCAGCAGCAGCAACA